AUGAUACCAGCCGCUAUGCUCGUAGCAAAUGUGUUUCUGCUGGCUGCGUGUUUGGAUUCGGUUGCAGCCGUGUUGUUGCCAUUUCCUCCCAGCUUUUACGUCACUACCGGUACCACAAUUCCUUUCAUUUCUUCCCCACCCGUAGCACAGAGUGGAAACAUUUACGCCUCCAAUGAAUCCAAGAGGUUGCGCGUCGAUAACUUUUUUAUGGGAUUUCAGUACUCAUUUGUUGCAGAUGGUAAACUGGGACGCGGUUUCGUGUUCGAAAGCAUCGAGCCCAUCACCACCACCACCGCCAGCGGCAACAACAAUAACAACAAUAAUAAUAACAACAAUAAUAACAAUAGUAGCGAAAAGAAAAGUGGUAGGGGAGGUGAAGAGAGAAUUUCUUGUCGCUCGUUUGCGUUAAACCGCGGCCUUACGGGGUUUGGAGUUCCGGAUGAGUUUGUUAGGCACGCGGAGUCAAGUCUCGUCCGUGGUGUGAAGGUUUGGCGCUACACGGGGUAUAGCCGAAGUGGUGUGGGCCCAUUGCAGGAGGUGGAUUAUUUUAUUCGCAAUGGUACAUUUCAUGCCGUGCCAUGGCGGGUACAAAUACGACGGCGGCAGACUGCGUUAAAGGAAUUGACGGGAAGCCCCAUGACGCUUCCGAACUGGCGGUAUUUUGGAGGUCUUUUCUUUGAUGAAGUGGCAGUCCCUGAAGGGCCAUACGAAGACAAACUUGAGCGCCUCAUGCAGGACACAACUGUCACGUUGGACUUUUAUAAUUUUGUCCCCGCGGAACCGCAUCCAUCGGUAUUUUCCGUCCCGGACAAUUGCAAGGAAGUCAGUGCACGCUUUACGGGAAAUGAUGUGGAUAUAUCGUUAGCACAACGCUUCCUCGUGGAUUUGAGUUUGUACACUCCUGUGGGUCGUGAAAUGCUGCGGGAGGAGUUGAAUUCCGCGUAA